UGAUACGUAAACAAAUAUCUAAAUAUAAAUUUUUAUCUGUUUAAUUUUAUUUUAUGCUCUAAUACACUUACUACUGUCACCUGAUAUAAUUUAAUUUAAAAAUAAAUUGGAAUUUUUAACUAUAAAAAGAUUUAAUGCACAUGCAUGUGACUCACGUUGUUAGUUCUACGCAUAUCUCACUCUCAUUUCUCUCACGGCACACCAUCGGUAAAGUAGCGUACAUAAAAUACCGCUAAAUAUAUUAGUUUGAACAAAGAAGGAGAAAACUAAAAUAAUUGAAAGAAUUUAUUAUUUCAUUCCAAAGAAAAUGAAAAAAAAACUGAUUAGGAAAAAGACGGGAGCCGUGAUUUUUGAUGAAAUUAGUUUCGCGAUAUAGUUAUAUAGACUAAACUCUAAUGUUCCUUUUAGAAAAAUGGAACAGAAACGGCCAGACUGGGAUACGACUGAAAAACUGAUUUUGUUAUUACGUAUGAUCUCCGUGUUGCUCAUAAUCAUUAUUAUUGCAUCUGAAAUAUUCUCCCAUGCUCAACAUCAGAACGACUUGCUAGAGGAAGAACAUACACUGACUGCAUUACAUGAUCAGAAGGAAGUAAACACUAAUUACAGUCAGAUUCCUUCGGCACAGACGAAUGAACUUCAAAGUUUAAAAAUACCACAAGGAUCAUCUCUUCAUCGCCGAAAUAGAACUGUUCAUAUUGGGAAGGUGGAAACUUUGCUUAUUCUCAGAUCAUACUUGGCCCAUGCUACAAAUUGGAAAGAUGUUUUGGAAGAUGUUAAACAAAAUAUCAGCCAACUUCCCGAAGCUGCAAAUAAACUCUACCAGACUGCUGCCAAUGAAAAGCAACGGCGAGACAGAAUGUCGAGAAAACUUGAAAAACUGAUAAAUCAGAAAGCUGAAAACAUUGACGACUUAGAUGGACGCUCAGCAGUUCAAGAUAUUAAAAUAAUGGAGAGGAUCCUGGUUAAAAGAAUGCCCUCUCAACCAAAGGAGCAAGACGGAGACAUGAGAGGUGCAGUUGCAGCUGGUACGCAAAGCAAAAUAGAGAACAAAACUCCUAAACAGAACCAAAAUCGACACCAAAAGAAGAAAACAUCCAUCAUUGAUUUAAUCCGCCAGAAUCUACUUGGACCAAACUGAGACAGUUUGUCCUCAGCAAGGAUGAAUCUUUAGUUUGUAUUGCAUUGCUAUUUAGAAAUAAACAUGAAACUUGUAAAGAA